CUACAGAGGAAAGAGUCAACUGUUGGCGGGGGAGACGAGGAUGAUUGAUCGGUGAAGAAGAAUCUUGUGAGAAGCAGCAACUUCGAUGGAGAAACCGGAGAAGAGAGGGGUGAUCGACACGUGGCUUGAUAAACACCAUUCGUUAUACACGGCGGCUACACGCCAUGACUUCGUCAUCUCCAUCCUCGACGGAUCCGUUGAUCUCUCCUCCUUCAAAACUUGGCUGGGGCAAGACUACCUCUUCGUGAGGGAGUUCGCGCCGUUUGUAGCGAAUGUUCUGAUCAGAGCCGGCAAAGAAUCCGGCGAGACUUCCGACAUGGAAGUGGUUCUCGGUGGUUUAGCGUCGUUGAAUGAUGAGAUCGAAUGGUUUAAAAGCGAAGGGUCGAAGUGGGGCGUUGACUUCUCGACCGUUGUGGCUCAAAAGGCGAAUAAAGAAUAUCGCAGGUUUCUUGAAGGUCUGAUGAGUAGUGAAGUGGAGUAUGGGGUGGUGAUGACGGCUUUCUGGGCGAUAGAAGCGGUGUAUCAAGAGAGCUUUGCUCACUGUUUGGAGAAUGGGAACAAAACUCCGGGGGAGCUUACCGGAGCUUGCAAUCGGUGGGGCAACGACGGGUUUAGACAGUACUGUUCAUCUGUGAAGAAUAUUGCUGAACGUUGUCUGGAGAAUGCCUCAGGGGAAGCUUUGGUUGAAGCUGAAGAUGUUCUGGUACGUGUUCUUGAACAUGAAGUUGCCUUCUGGGAGAUGAGCCGUGGUGGACAGUAGUAAAUGCUUUGGUUCAGAUAUCUCAUUUGCUAUGUUAUUUAUUUUUUACUAGUGUGUGAAAGACAAACUAUGUGGUUGUGAUCCCGAGAAACUCUGCUUUUGAAUUUUUUUCUCUUACAUUGUGAUCUUUCUCGCUA